UUCUAGACUCCAGUGUGUUUGUUAUGCGACCAAUGGUUUUAUGUGUGGUCCAUAUUUACUCCAGCUCUUCAACAGAGAUAUCCUGAAACGCAUUGGCUUCCUUGGUGGAUUCUUUACUAUCAGGAAAUGGACUGUUUUUGCUGCUCCACAAAAUUACCAUCAUCUCCAUCUUCCUCCAUUCUCAACCAAAGGGCUUCUUCAUCACCUGUUGGUGGAAGAUUUUCUAAGAAAGUUUUACGACCUGGGCUGCUGUCUUCUCCACAUUCUGAACCUUUUAUUCAACUUAAUGACAGACUAAAUCCUUUUGCUUACCAGCGAAGGUCAUCAAAUUUUUCUUUGAGAACAUAUAAAGGGCCCAUAUAUGCAGAAGCUAAAAAGCAAGCCUGGGAUUUGGGCAGAUUUUUAAGUACAUUGUACUUUUUCAAUGGGCCUCCAUCUCCUGCUAAGUUCUUUGAAUUUCUCAUAGAGAAACUUUCCGGUCCAACACCUAGUGAACCAGAAAAGGCGAUGGAAACUUCUGGUAUCGUCUUGGUAGCAGGAGCCACUGGAGGCGUAGGCAGAAGGGUAGUUGACAUUUUACGCAAAAAGGGACUGCCAGUUCGAGUAUUGGUCAGAAAUGAGGAGAAGGCAAGAAAGAUGUUAGGUCCAGACAUUGACUUGAUUGUUGGUGACAUUACCAAGGAGAGCACUCUUGUCCCCGAGUACUUCAAAGGAGUGAGGAAAGUUAUCAAUGCUGUUUCAGUCAUUGUUGGCCCUAAGGAAGGAGACACUCCUGACAGGGCAAAGUACAGUCAGGGAAUCAAGUUCUUUGAACCGGAGAUAAAAGGUGAUUCACCCGAAAUGGUGGAGUACAUUGGGAUGAAGAAUUUGAUUAACGCUGUAAAGGAGGGUGUUGGCCUUCGAACUGGAAAACUCAUAUAUGGAUUUGAAGGUGGUUUAUCCAGAGAACUUCCUUGGGGUGCUUUAGAUGAUGUUGUGAUGGGAGGAGUUAGUGAGAGUACAUUUCAAGUAGACCCCACUGGUGGCGAAAAUGGUGGGCCUACUGGGGUUUUCAAAGGUGUUGUUUCCACUGCCAACAAUGGUGGGUUUACUAGUAUAAGAACAAGGAAUUUUUCAGUACCUGAGGAUGUUUCUGCAUAUGAUGGUUUGGAGCUGCGCCUUAAAGGAGAUGGCCGCCGGUAUAAACUUAUUGUUCGAACAAGUAAUGAUUGGGAUACUGUAGGUUAUACAGCAAGCUUUGACACUGUAGACAGCCAAUGGCAAUCAAUACAGUUGCCAUUUUCUUCUUUGAGGCCCAUCUUUCGAGCACGAACCGUACUUGAUGCUCCUCCCUUUGAUCCAAGCAAAAUUUUGUCAUUGCAGCUCAUGUUCAGCAAGUUUGAAUAUGAUGGAAAACUGAAUCCAACUUUUGCGGAAGGCGCAUUUCAGCUUCCAGUAUCAAGCAUAAGGGCAUAUAUAAAGGAUCCCAUCACUCCCAGGUUUGUACAUGUGAGCUCUGCUGGAGUCACCCGACCUGAGAGGCCAGGACUUGACCUUAGUAAACAGCCUCCUGCUGUUCGCUUGAACAAGGAAUUGGGCUUCAUUCUCACAUUCAAGUUGAAGGGAGAGGAUUUGAUACGGGAAAGUGGAGUGCCUUAUGCAAUUGUGAGGCCUUGUGCAUUAACUGAGGAGCCUGCUGGAGCUGAUCUCAUUUUUGAUCAAGGAGACAAUAUAACGGGCAAGGUAUCUAGGGAAGAGAUUGCUCGCAUUUGCAUUGCUGCUCUAGAAAGCCCUUAUGCAUGUGACAAGACAUUUGAGGUUAAAAGCGUGAUCCCAUUUAGCGAGCCGUUUACAGUGGACCCCGAAAAUCCUCCCCCAGAGAAGGAUUACAAUUUAUACUUCAAAACUUUGAAGGAUGGCAUCACUGGGAAAGAGAUGUUAGAACAAAGUCCUGUACCACUAUGAUGUUGAAAACUAACAGGACCACCUUCAUUAUUAUGCCUUGAACGUUUCUCUACAGGACAACAGAGUUCAAAGAAACUACCAGCUUUGGGAGGAGUUUAGCAAAGUAUAGGUAUAGCGGAUGAUAAUUUAACUAUGUAAGAUUGGAAAAAGAGUGAAUGGUUUGCUUGUCAUAAAUUCUCUGUACAUUUUUCAUAUGUAUAUAUAAUCAUAGAUACCUCUGAGGAUAUCCAUUUUCUUUUA